GUGUGUGUGUGUGUGUGUGUGCGUGCGUGCGUGCCUGCGUGCGUCUGUGUGUAUGUGUGUGUGUGUGUGUGUGUCCAAUGUGCCCGACCCAGUAAAAUGACUGUGGUGUCCAUUCAGGUCUUGAAUCCUUUUGUUUUUUAACAGGAAAAGAGAAAAACGCUUUUUUUCCCUCUCUCUCUCCUCUAUUUCACCCAUGCACAUCCUCCUCGCGUGGUUCUGGUGACAGAGUCACGGUUUCCCGGUUCCACAGCAAGCGCACCUGAGUUUGUCCCAUUCAACUCACAGACUUUUUUUACUUUCCUCCUUUUUCUCUCUCCCUGCACUCAUCAACACCUCAAACACGCGACGUUUGUAGUAAAAUAAUCAUCGGUUAAACCUUCGCAGGACUGGAGAACUGGAAAUGAAGAGAGAUUUGACGUGUUUCUGUCGGAUUUGGGUUGGGAUCGUUGCUGCUUCAGGUCUGGUGAUUGGCUACUCUAUGACUCCGCCCACCAUUGACAGCCACAAAGAAGACCUCGUGAUCCACGCAGAUGAGACACUGACCAUCACAUGCAGGGGUCAGCGUACUCUGUCCUGGGUGUGGCCUGAGACGACCCUGGUGGGAGAGGAGCUGACUGACCGUCAGGCCGGACCCUGGCCCAGCAGAGCCCCAGGGAGAGAGGCCGAGACUGGGUCUGGAACCCCUGUUUGUACCCCCGGGGCUGGAGUUGUGGGAGACCACCCCGUGGCCGCGGAGGGGACUGGUACGCCUGCUUCGGUCCCUGUCCAGAGAAGGGGAGUCAGCAUCCUGGAGUGUCCAGGGGAGCCUGGAAGGCCGUAUUGCAAGACCCUGGUUCUCACUGGAGCUAAAGGGAAUGAUACAGGGUACUACCGCUGUUACUACAGAGAUGUCAAGGCCGUCAUCGACGGGGCCACGGCUGCUACUCUAUAUGUGUUUGUCAGAGAUUUGGAGCAGCCUUUUCUGAGGAGAAACAGAGGAAGCAACGGGGACCUGGAGACCAUCUUCAUAUCAAGAUCCUCCACUCACGUCACAGUACCUUGUCUAGUCACUGUGCCCGACCUCAACGUCACACUUUAUCUGUGGGAGACGAUACCUAUGCUUCUGGAGGAUGAGGGGAUGGUGUGGGACAGUAAAAGAGGCUGGUCCAUUCCUAGACAAACCUUAGACUCCAGACCUUUCCUCAUUGGGAUUUACUGCGAAGCUACACGACAAGGGAGACACUACCGCUCUACUCUCUACCUGGUGCAGUCCACAGGAAGUCAGGUUUACGACUUCAAGCUCUAUCCAGAGGACUCGGUGGAGCUGUUCGUGGAGGAAGCUCUGACGCUCAACUGUACCGCCACAGUGGAGUUUAACACCCUGGUCGAGUUCCAGUGGUCCUAUCCUGGAAAACAGAUGAACAGUACAGUGGGCAUAGUGCACAAGCGUAAUUCUCUCUCUCGGUUCACGGAGGCCGUCAGCAUCCUGACCAUCCAAAGCGUCAACGUCACCGACACCGGCACUUACACCUGCUCUGCCAUCAGCGUGGACAAAAAAAUGGAUCUGGAAACACAAGUCAUAGUGUAUGAGAAACCAUUCAUCAGCCUAGACUACAGGAGUGGCCCGGUCGUCGAGGCAACAUCAGGACAGAAGUCUUUUAAACUGUUAGUCAAGGUGUCAGCAUACCCCAGACCUGACAUACAGUGGUAUAAAGGUGAUAAGUUGAUCAGCCGUCGUCCAGAGUUCAACAGGAUGCGUCUCCAUCAGCACUAUAACUUAGAGAUCAGAGACGUUCACCCUGAGGAUGCUGGGAACUACACCGUCCUCCUCAAGAACACCGCGGCCUUGCUGGAGAGGAGAAUCACCAUCACACUCAUCAUCAACGUUCCCCCUCAGAUCCAUGAGAAGGAAAUAGCGACACCCUCUAACCCGUAUAGCCGUGGCAGCAGACAGACCCUCAUCUGUACAGGGUACGGACUCCCCGCCCCCAACAUCACCUGGCAGUGGAGGGCAUGGAGCCCCUGUGGCCUCAACAGCACCCAACGCCUGGAAGACAAACACCCACACCUGUAA